AUGCUGAAGCGUUGGAAUAAUGAAAAACGUGUAAAUUUUUUUGUGCAUGAUGGCGAUGUCAAAAUUGUUUCUACAAUCAAAAAUACGUUCAAAGGUAUCAGAGAAUACAGAGAUCCUGGACAUUUUCUUAACAAUAUACAGAAAAAGCUCAAACUGCCAGAAUUCAGAAUCUUAUCUAGCAUUUCAAAGAAUUUAUUGCGUUGGCUUAGGCAACUUCUCAAUGACACACAUAUGUCAAUUAAAACAAAGAAGUUUUUAUGGUUGAAUUCCGCUAAACAUUAUGCCGGAAAUCAUAAAUUUUGUCCAGAUCCUGAAAAAUGCAAGAUGAUUAAACCAUGGAAAUAUGCAAAAAAUAAAACUGCUAUAAAAACACUUAAAAAAUUCCUCGAAGAUACCGUAAAAAUCUUUGAUAUGGUAAAAAAGAUUCAUUCAACUCAAGUAGUUGAAUUGAUAAACCAUAUCAAAGCAAUGCUUGCUAAUAAAAAUAUUAAUUGGCAUGCUUCUUGGCCAAUUAGGAUGGCAGUCACAAUAUUGCAUUUCAAUGAAAGUAUGUUUGAAACGAUUGUAGCAAUAAGAUACAGGUUAAAUUUACCAACAAUGCCAGAAAUGAUGAACAGAUAUUUCAGAAUGUAUGAUACAACAAAAGAUUUAAUCAAAGCAUUCAAAAAUUCAAAGCAAGUUCGAAAAAAGUUUGCGGCAUUAAGAGCUAUAAAGAGAGGUCUUCAAGCUAGCGAUGAUCGUAUUACUCUUAAAUCACAUAAAUAA